AUGGUGCUGACAGAUGAAACGAAAUGUUUGGAGUGUGGAGAUGAAACAAAAUGUAUUCCACACACAGGCCCCGGUGCAUCGGAGCACCUUGACAAGAAGGCUCUCUCGGUGGGCGGCGUCCAGCUGAGCGGGGGGGUGUCCGUUCAGCAGAACCAGCAGCUCCUCCUGACCCCCGCCAGCCUCCAGCUAGCCCAACUCCAGGCCCAGCUCACUCUCCACCGCCUCAAAUUGGCCCAGAGCGCAGUGGGGGCCAACAACGCCGCCGCCGCCGCCAGCGUCCUCAACCAGGUCCUCUCCAAUGUGGCCAUGUCGCAGCCCCUCUUCAACCAGCUGCGGACGUCUGCCAUGGUUGGGAACCACCAGGGGGCGUUCCCAUCCGGCGCUCUGGCGUUCCCCCCUCCUAACGCCGGCCUGGGGUCCCUGGUGGGAGGGGGUUUCGGUCAAAACCCGGGGAACGUGAGGAUGAAUCAUUUUGGAGGGGGAGGGGUAGCUGGCGCCCAGCAACAGCAGGGAGCCAAUCAGCACGGGGCGGCGGAGUACGGCAAGAAGGCGGGGUCGGCAUACCCCUCGGAUACGGACAGGCGCGUCCAGUACGGUUUCCUGGGAGGGACCUCGGUGGCGUCGAGCAAAGCCGGGGAUGGGCAGUACGCGUCGGUCAGCUCACAGGCGAAGAUAGGCGGCCAUGUUGGGUUUCAGAGGGAGUUCUAUGCGCCAGAGUCUCAGGGGAAACAGAAUGUGUUUGGUGGGAACGAACACAAUUUGACAGCUUACACCUCUGCCGGUCACGCAGAGCAGUGGAAAAACCCAGCCAAUCUCAACCAUACAGGCAAAGCAGAAAUGGUUUCCAACUGUGGCACUGUGUGGUCAGCGACCGGGCAGCCAUUUCGUGCCAGAGGGGAACUGUACAACCCUGAGGAGCCCACCUGCGACCCCAAGUUCAACUCUGGGGGAGGAGUCGGAGGGGGGGUGACCUCCUCCUUCGGGCCAGGGGGUACCCAGGGGUUUAUGGGGUACCAGGCCCUACAAGGAGGAGAGGAAGCCAUAUCUGUGGGCUCCAUGGUCCUACAGCCCCACCAGGUUAAUGACUACCAUGCAGUGACACCCUCUCACCUGCCACACCAGUGCACCAUCUGUGACAAGAAGGUCUACAACCUCAAGGACUGGGACCAGCACGUGAAGGGCAAGCUACACCUGCAGAAUCGUUCGCUGUAUUCCGAGAGUCCCGUCGUCGCAGCCAGUGGAGUUCACUACUCUGUUCCGGGUUCUUCUGAAGGAUGUCUAAACACCGGGGGGACUAACUCGAUGGUAUAUCCUGGUGCUGCCAAUCAAGAUGUGUCUUCUGCAGCGAACUCCUCCUUCCUCCCAGCUGCAGCUAUGAAGACUUAUCCUCUGCCGGGGCCAGGAUUUAGCACACACGCCCCAGGAGCAAAGCCGUUCCCUCCCAGGAAGUCAGUAACAGGAAGAGUCGUCCACAUCUGCAACCUUCCCGAGGGCAGCUGCACCGAGAAUGAUGUCAUCAACUUGGGACUGCCGUUUGGCAAAGUCACCAACUACAUCCUCAUGCGCUCCACUCACCAGGCGUUCCUGGAGAUGGCGUAUGUGGAGGCGGCCCAGGCCAUGGUCCAGUACUAUCAGCUGACCCCGGCCACUAUCAACGACCAGAAGCUGCUUAUACGCAUGUCCAAGAGAUACAAGGAGCUUCAGCUUAAGAAACCUGGUAAAGAUGUGGACUCCAUCAUCCAGGACAUCCACUCUCAGAGGGAAAGAGAUGAGAUGCAGGAGGUCGACCACUACAUCCCGGAGCGAGCGCGCUCCCGCAGUCCUAUCAGCCGCUCCCUGAGCCCUCGCUCUCACAGCCCCAGCUUCACCUCCUGCAGCUCUGCACACAGCCCCCAGGGGGCGCCAUGCCGGCCCGGCAACGGCCUGGGGCCCCGACGCGGCUCCUGGGACUGGUCCUCACACCUCCGCAGGGCCGAGGAGGACCGGGAGAGAGACCGGGAGAGAGACCGGGAGAGGGACGAACCGCCGUGGAGGAACGGAGGCGGGAGCCUCGGCGGCGACGACGAGCGCCCCAACGGACGCUUGCCGCCGGAGAGGCGGAAACUGUAUUUGAAACCCUCGGACCGGAUCAGCCCUCGGUCGGCCGAUGAGCGAGGGGGGGGAGGAGGAGGUGGGGGGGGCGGUGCGGGAGGCGAGGGGAUGAGGGGUGGGAGAGACUGGUACCCCCGGGGCAGCCCCCAGGGAAUGCCCUUCCCCCCCUAUAGGAACCUGGAUGAAGAGUUCUACAUGAAAGAGCAGAUGUACAAGUCGGAGAAGCCCUCCAGGCCACCGUACCAGAGGGGUCACGAGAAGUCCAAGAGGAGGAGCGGAGGCGAAGGGGACUACUACGGCAGGUCCCGGCACUCGGAGGCGGAGAUGGCGAACGAGCCACUUCCUGUCAGGUCGGCAGAAGACAAGAGGCAGGGCUCGCCGUCGAAGGGGCGGAGCAGAAAGACGACGAGGAGACACGAGGAGAAACAGGAGAAGGAGAUCAACGCGGAGAAUGACGGAGAAGCAUGUGAGGGUCAUCCAUCUAAGGAGAAGUCAAAGUCCUCUCAGCAGAGCCACAAUCCCACAGAGGCCACAGCACGUCACAAAGACAGUGAGGCGGAGGGAUGGGAGAGCGGAGAGGACACGGAGGGCGAGUGCUGGUACCCCCACAACAUGGAGGAGCUGGUGACGGUGGACGAAGUGGGAGGAGAGGACGACUCCAUCAUUGAGCCCGACCUCCCCGGCCUGACGGAGGAAGCCACGACGUCACCCGUGAAAGAGCUCGCCCUGGAGGAAGCGGAGGGCCCCGCCCCCGACUCGACUCGCCACUCCCCCGAGUCCAGCACCUGCUCCGAGAUGGAGGACACCGGCCGGGAGGGGGGAGGAGGGAAGGGGGCGGACACACCUCAGGAGGAUAAAACAGAGGAAGUGCCGACAAAUCAGAACACGGACGAACCGGACCGCGAUCCAGAACCCUCCAAACCGUCCAGUUCAGACUUCAUGGACUUCCCCACUCAGGAGUUCAAGGCUGCGUUGGAGGAGACGUGUUUGGGGUCAGAGGUCAAUGCUUCCAAGAAUGGGCAAAUAGCGACACUGACACAGGAGCCGCUGACCAAUCACGUUGAAGCGAGUGAGGGCAGUAAAUGCCAAGAUGUGGAGAAUGAAGAGGAGGCCAGGAAAACAGGAACCAUGCCAGAAACUGACAGCAAGGAGCCCCUACAUAGACCUGAAAGUCCUAAACGAGCUGCCCAGAGUGCAGCAGUCCUCCCUGGGUCCAGCCAGGCAGACAUAGAGGCUCUCACUCCCACGCGAGAACAAGACAAGGUCAUCAGCGAACACAGCAUUCCCUUAGGGGUGGAGUUCAUCGUUCCGCAGACAGGUUUCUACUGUAAGCUGUGUGGGCUGUUCUACACCAAUGAGGAGACAGCCAAGACCGCACACUGUCGCAGCACCAUCCACUAUAGGAACCUGCAGAGGUAUCUUUCUCAGCUGGCAGAAGAGAGUUUACUGGAAAACCUCACUGCCUCCUCUGAGUGACCUCAAACUCAGCUAUGACCUCUAACCUUUUGAAGGCCUUAAGGAUGCCGUCUCCUGUGUGCGUGCAUGUGACAGUCAUGUGCUCACUGCAGGCUGGUAACUAACUACUGCACCCACAACACAUGGAAGUCUUGUUAAGGUUUACAUUCUAUGUGGAAGGAGCACCUGUUUCAGGGAGGUGUGCUGGGAAAUGUUCGGGAAUUUACCUGGAUGAACAAUGGACAGGAUUGUUGCUGAGUGUCCUGUACAUAAAAAGAGCGUCUGCUAAAUGACUAAAUGUAAAUGUAAAAAAGAAACGUUGCUAAUCAAAACCACUAAAUACAAGAAAAUAACAUGCUGGAAAGAGUCUCUAGACUGAAUCCUAUUUCAGGUUUUUAACGUGUUGUUUGGAACUGCCAUUUUUUUAACUUUUACGUAAGUCUACACUUGUUCUGUGGGUGGAGCUGGUGUGGUCUAUUCUGACAACAGACACCUAUUGCGAUGAAAGUUACAAAGCAAAGCUUUUGUGUCGAAUUAUCUUAAAUGACUCACACACAAACGUCACGUCAAACGUUGCGUCACGAAACGUUGACGAGGUGAAACGUUUCUCGUGUCACUUCCAAAGACAAACCGAAACAAGUGUGUUGUGAGACAAGCCUUAUAGUCAACGAGAAGAUGGAAGACGAAACCGAUCCGCGAAAUCAGUUUGCUGAAAAACACAAGCUCAGGUCACCGGUUUUACUGAGAAGUAACUCUAUCUAAAUGGAAGCGGUAGCAUAGAGAGUGUUUUGUUCAACAGGAUAAGUAUCAGACUAAAAGAUACAUGCAAACAGUAAGUGCCUUUUGAGAAUUAUGUAAGAAGACAUCCUCAGGUAUGUUGGUUUGUUUGAACACAUUUUGAUUUCAAAAGUGUGUAGUUUUGAAUAUAAUUGCACCUUUUGUGCCUUUUAUCAAUAAAAAUACACAAUGUGUCUACAGCCACAGUCCAAAGAUUGUAAUCACAAUUCAGUAGGCCUGAGUCAAGAUACUGACAAUGUUCUGUACUUAUGAUGUUGUUGAUGAAAUAAAAUAAAUUCCUUUCAAUGUCAAAAUCACAUUUUCAGCCCAGCCCAAUCAGGUUUAAUAUAUGUCAUGCAUAUGUACCUUUACUCAUACUUUAAGGGAGCUUGAACUGGACCAUGUGGAAUGUAUCUGAGUUUUAAAUUAAAGUGUGACAUUAAUAUUGAGACAGAAAUAUAGAAUUUCGAGGAAAGUUAUUGCUGUUAGUUGUUGUUGCUGUUUUAUAGGCCUACACUGUGAAUAAUCUUGUUUCUCUUUGAAUUUUAUUGACGGUUUUAACGGUUAUUCUUUGAAUCUUUUCCAAUGACAUUUUCUGAUGAAUAAACAUUCUAA